AUGCCGGCUCCGGCGCCCAUCCACCCACGUGGGGCGCCCCGCCGCGCUUUACGGCACGCUGCCGUACGGCAGGCCGGGCGGCGCGCCGCGGCGGUACCCGCGUCUCCCCGGCGACGCCGGGGCGGGUGUCGCGCCUUCCGCCGUUGGUUUGAGCGGCGCCCGGGGAAGGCGGGGCCGCGGGCCGGGUCCCGCUGCGCCGCCGGCCAGCGGGUGGCGGAGGAGGUGGAAGCGUCCCGCGGCGGGCGGUUAUGGCUGCGAGCCUCGCCAGGGAGGUCAAACUGCCGGCAGGGGCUGUUUGUCCCGGAUUGCUUUCGAAAGCCACGGCGCCCCGAGAACGCGCGCCGUGACCGGGAGCUUCGAGUUGGCCGUGGGGCGCUUCCGCCGCCGUCACAGUGGCGUGGCCGUCGUGAUGGCCGGAAGCGGCAGGGGGGCGGACUGGCCGCCGGCCGCCGUCCCGCUCCCGCCGGCGGCCGGGGCCGAGGUCGCUCUUGCGGGGCCCGAGGGCAGCGCCGGGCACGGUUCACGCUCCCCGGGGCUUUCCGUCGAUCCCCGCCAGCCGAAGGGGCGGGCGCUACGGCCCCGGGGGGGCGGGAAGCGAAGCGCAGGCUGCGGCCGGGGCGGGGGGGGGAGGCGGCAAAGCCCGGCGGGUUCCCUCCCCGCGCUGCGCCCGCCGGAGCAUCGGGAGCGUCGCGGUUUUGCCGCCUGCGCCGGGGGACGGGAUCAGGCGAGCGCAGGGCCUCCGCACAAGCUCCCGUUUCUGCUCUGGAAACGGUCGUAAGAGGAAGCUCCGAACUUGAUUCUCAUGAAGAACAUUUUUCUCGUUCUCGCAGCAUUACAGGUUAACGCAGUGUUACCUCUGAUCUCCACUAGAUACAGAACCAGUCAUAACCUAAAUGCAGUCUAACCUCCCUAAGAGACCGAUCCUCUGCACGCGACGGGGAUCGCCGCAGACAGCGCAUUCGUGCAGACACCGCUUGAGUUAUGGCAUCUUCCUGAACUGACCUGUGGUCUGCGGUGCUUUGCUGAAAGCUACACGUUCUCUGGGAAAACCUCUACCACAAGGCUAGAGGAGAAGGAGGAAGAGGCCCAACAGAAGUCCUGAAUGUUCAGACUGCUUUAAUCUAAAAGGACCUCCUCUGAUCCUCAGUACGGAGGGGCUGCACACAGGGUUGCAAUGCAGGACUCUGCAGGCUACGGCUGCUCGCCCUCCUGUAAAGUAUGCACAAUAGAUUCCAGUUUGUCUCCUGGAGAAGAUACCAGAACUAAGUGAAAGGAAGGUAAUUACAAACAGGAUGGAGGCAUGGAAUAUUUUGGGGGUGGGGGAAGAUGGUUUAGCAGCUGGUGACUGUAGCUUCCAGGUAGUCUGUCUUGACUUGAGGGCAUCCAUGCAUUUGGCUGAAGCAAGCAAGCACGUUAAUUGCAUUUCAGUUGCACACAAGCCUCCGUGAGUUACUCCUGCACGUUGCUAAUACCACUGCCUGCCCGUUGCCUAAAACCAGUAAAGUUGGCCAACUUUACAGAUUAACCCUUCUGGUGUGGAGGAAGUUGUCUUAAUCCCAAUCAUUCUACUAAUCCGGUUUACCGAGUACCCCGCAGCAGAUGUACGUGAGCAGUAGUCAGAUGUGGCCCAGCAGUAGAAAUUUCCUUGGUAGGCUCCGUCAAAGCCAACACAUUGUGUAACAACACUGACUGAAAAAAAACAUUUCCAACUAUCAGGAUUUUUUGUGGAGUUGGCAGCCAUGCUCUGUAAGAGGAAGAAUACUGCCAAUCAACCCUACCUCUGUCAGAAGUGUGAAAAAGGAGGUUUAUUUGUAUGUUGCAAUAAUUGUUCCUUACUGACUUCUACAAUUUGGCAUUGGGAGACAGCAGGAAGAACCGGAGCCUUUGUUCAGAGCUGAACCAUGAGGGCUCGGGAGCUUUUUGGGGACUGAGCUUGGGCACAACUGCUAAGGUAGUGAACAGCAGGAAGCCUGUGCAUUCAUCUAUGUGUUAAAACAAAAAGGGGAAAUUACAGGAACUUGGUGGUAGAGGUGGUAAGGAUAUAGCUUGGAUUCAAGUGUUGUUUGUGCAUGCUUUCAAAAAUUCUGGCUAUGAUAAUAUCACACUACUUAGUUGAGUUUCGUUCUGCUUUGUAAUGUUGCCUUAUGAAUUAAAAAUGCGUUAACCUUG